UGCUCAGCUCCAGUGACUUGUUUCACUUUGAGAGUGACAGAUUGAAUCACUGUGUCAGCAUCUAGGGUCUUUAUCUGUGAUUCAACCAUUUUGCCAUUGUAGGCUAAUGCACGGAAUUCUUGUCUUUUUGCAACUGGUGUGACCACCAAGGAGCCCCAAGAGUGAUUUCUAUGCACAAAUCGAGAAUGCGUUCAAUGAAGGACAGGCUUCUCUUGGUUUUCUAUCAUGAUGUUAUCCUUCUUCUUCUAACAUGGCAUUGUGGAGGUCAGUCUCAGAUGAUUGGUCCAACUCAACCAUUGGUUGCAAUUACAGGGGAUGACAUCAUUUUACCAUGCCAGCUAGAUCCAGCUAGGGAUGCUGUUGACUUGACUGUGGAAUGGUCUAGACAUGACCUUAAACCAAGAUUUGUCCACUUAAAGCGGGACGAUGCAGAGCCCGUGACUCAGAAUAUUUUAUACUCCAGAAGAACAUCACUGUCUGUCAACAAACUGAAAUGCGGUGACAUUUCAUUGAAACUCUCCAAAGCGCAAGUGUCUGAUGCAGGAAUGUAUAACUGCCUUGUUCCUGAAAUUGGUGCAGAAACUGGGAUGGAGCUCGUUGUUGGUUCUGUUUCUUCUGUAGUCAUGGAGAUAUCCAAAGUCGAAAAUGUAAUCUUCUUUAAAUGCAAAUCUAACGGCUGGUAUCCAGAGCCUCGGGUGUUUUGGCUGAACAGUCAAGGAAACCAAAUCACAGCUGAAUCUACAAACAGUGCCAAAGGUUCUGAUGGCCUCUAUACUGUCAGCAGCACUGUGACUGUGAACAAGAGACAGACCUACAGUCUCACCUGCAGAGUCCAACAGAAGAACAUCAACCAGACUGAAGAAGCACAUAUCCAUGUAUCAGGUGAUUUCUACUUGGUCCAGUGUAAUCCUGCUGUUCCGAUUACUAUCAACCUAGCUGUUUGCUUAAUAUCGAUUGGUACAACAGCAUUACUAAUAUGGAAAUGCGGACAAAAGAAAACCAAAAUCAGCAAACAUGAUGAGGAUGAAAACAAACUACAUCAAACAGAGAUGGAGGAAAUAUUACAGAGAGAAUGUGAGGAAAAGAAAAGACUUGAAGAUGAGUUGCAGAACAAGGAUGAAGAUUUAAAACAUGUCAGACAAACCAUUGAAAAACUGAUGGAGCAGAAGACAUUUCUGAAGGACCAGAGAGAAAAACUCAAUACACUACUGCAGGAGGACAAGGCAGGGAUGAAAGAGGUCAUGAAAAAAGAGAAAGAAACUCCACUAACUGACAAAGAGAAAAAAAAGAAUAAGCUUGUAGAUAAAAAAGCUGACCUGGAAAAGAGAAUAAAAGUACAUGAAGAACUGUUAAAGAUGACAGAAAAGCUAAUGGAGGAAACAGAGAACAUUAUAAUCCAAAUGACAGAAAGAAAGGGAAAGCUAGAAAAAGACAAGGAACAAAUUAUUAAACACUUGAGAGAGAAACAAAAAAAUGAAAGAGAUUUAGAAGAAACUGUCAGAGAAACAAGCGAGAAACAAUGAACAGGUGUCACAGGACAGAGUAACACGACAAAUAAAACAUGGAUUUUGCUGUUUUUUCCUCUUGCUGUCAUUUUGCAAUGUGAUGCCUAAUGUUUCUUUAUUUGUUUGCUUUAAAUUUAUACUUCAUACGCUUAAACAAGAAAUGCAGUUUUACUGUAUUUUAUCAUCGGAGAUUUUGUUAUGAUAAAAAUGUAUUAACAUUUUUGUGAUUCUUUAAAUCUUUUGUCUCUGUGUAAGUAAGAAUUACACUGUGA